AUGGAGGUAGUCUACAAUGUUUGUUACUUUGGUUAUGGUAAUUUCUGUUUAUGCAUUCAAUAUGAUUAUUCCAGUCUUCCUACUAUCAUUGUCAGAGUGGACACUGUUUGCAGAGUGCACAACCUAUGCUACACUUGUGAGAAACAAGUUUUGGUUUAUUUCAUUACAUUUGAGGAGUGGAACGACGGCAUCAAGAUGCUAUGUGAAGACCAACCAGUGGUGGAUGUCUUACAAAGACAUUAUCACUCCAGAAAAGACUUCCGCUCCUUGCACUUGUUGCUGAUGCUGUCUCUGAGCCGUGUGAGCGCAUCUAAACCUGCCAUCAAGCCCACUGAUCUCUUGGAGGCCAGCAGAGUCUGUAUGGUGCACUCUAAAGCAAACAUACUUCAUGGUCUGUCCAUUCUUGAACUGUGCCUGAUAAUUGCCAUGAAACACUUGAAUGACAUCUAUGACGGAGAGCCGUUUAACUUCCAGAUGGUUCACAAUGAGUUCAAGAAAUUCCUCCAGAGGAAAUCCCAUUCUAUCCAUAACUUUGACAAGCCAGUCGUCAUAAAGGCGUUUGAGCACCUGCAGCAGUUGGAGCUGAUUAAGUCUAUGGACGGAUCCACAGCUAAGAUCCAGAAGGAGUACCAGCUGAUGAAACUCAUGUUGGACCACAGCCAGAUCAUGGAGGUCCUGCAUAAAUACCCACAAUGCCCCACAGAUGUCAAACAGUGGGCCUUGUCUACCUUUGGUUAAAGGUACAUAUUCUUCUAUAUUGGGUCCAGAGGGGCAGUUUUGGAUAACCAAUGAAAGAUAUGGGACCGUGGCCUGGACCCUGUCGUCAUGGACAGACAAUGAAUGACCUGACCAAAAUGUUUCUGCCAUGUGUACAUUCCUUGUGUGUAAAUAUAAAUAUUUGGCUGUACUUAUUAAAGUCAUGCAAAAACAAAAUCAUCAGUAUUAUUUAAAUAAAAAAAUGUAUGCACUCGCAAGUCGCUCUGGA